AUGAUCCUUGAGACGAGUAGAGACAGUGUGUGUGAAAAAGAGCAGAUUAGUGGUGGUGAGGACAGGUUGGUAGGUAGCGAGCAGACAUGUCGCGUCGUUGUGGUGGAGUUCGGCGUUACUGAAACCCCGAUCAGUGGCGAGUUCAUGUUGUGCCCCGAUUACACUGGGGUUGUGCCCGAAGUGGCUCUCCUUUUGACGGAUCGACGGAUUGACGGUCUGACGGACCGGGGAGUGACCAAGGCCACAGACUGGAUAUGGUUCUUGGCCAGAUUGUCGUCGUCGAGAUGGACCCCCGUCACCAUGCAGGUCCCGGAAGGCCGACCUGCCACAUGA